AUCAAGAGUGCCACUUUCAACAGUGCCAUCAUCCAAAAUUAUCCAAUCAUCAAUUGAUAUUUUGCUAGAACUUACACUAUUCCUCCGCGCGCACCGUAACUGUUUUGUUUACUUGCACAAAUCACUGCCGUUUCAUACUCGACACGCUGAAUUCUAUUUUUGCAUAUCAUCAUACAACGCUCCGCAAAAGUCUACUCCAGUCUCCAUCCAUAAAAGCUUAUUACAAGAUAAUAAUAAAAAGGAAAACGCUACACGAUAGACGCGUCUUGGUCCAGAACAUUACCUCUUAUUAUCUAUCUACUCUUCACCCCCUCCAACAACAACAACAAUAUAACAACCAUACAACAACCAACUUGCAAAUAUCCAACAGCAUAUCAACAACAUACCAACAGCAUUUCUAACAAAAUGGCACCCAUGAAGGCAUCGCGAAAGCGCGCGUCCGAUUCUAUGGAGCCAAUUGAGGGCCUAAAGGUUUCCACGAUGCAAGGCACGCCCCAGAGAAGCCCCAUUAAGAAGAGAAAGUUGGGCAUAUCACUGGCGCAGAAGCAAGCUCUCAUCGACAACCUUCAAUUAGAGAUCACUGAACGCGCUCGACGACUUAGAGCUCAGUACAAUAUUCAGGCCCAACAGCUCCGAUCGCGUGUUGAGAUGCGCAUCAACCGCAUACCUACUGCUUUGCGGAAGGCCAAGAUGGGCGAGCUACUCUUGAAAUCUCUACAGCCGCCCCAAUCACCUUCUCGACCGGCUAAGCCAGCGGCAACAGUAGUAAUGGCCGCAGUGGCUGCACCCAAACCAGCUGUUCCAGCAAAGGAUGCUACAUCAGCCAAGCCUGUUGCACGAAAGCCAGUUCCCAUUAGCAAAGUAGGAGCUGGACGCAAGCGUCUGAGUGACGAAAUGUCUGGUGCCGAUAAGGAGAACCAUAGUGAUUUGGUCGAGAAUCCCAAGAAGAGACCCCGCGGUGUUAUUGCUAAAGAUUCUGCAUCCACCCAGCCUGCUCAUGUUCUAUCCCCUGCAUCUUCCAACACGCGACUUGUGCCUCGCCCAACGUCUCCAGUCAAAACAAUGGCUAGCAGACCCGCAUCACCCAUGAAGGCACCAGGUGCCAAGACUUCAUCUAACCUCAUAACGAAUAUGGUUGAGAAGGCAAAGGCCACUCGACCGCAACCUCUUACCAGGAAGACUACCACUGCCAUUUCCUCUGCAGCAAGCUCAACUAACGGCCCAGCUCCCACACGCUCACGACAAGCUGCCACUAAUCCCCGUCCGCCGACCGCCGCUUCUACGCGUGGCAGGCGAAAGGUUAGUGGCACGAGCGAGUCCAGCGAGGGUAGCACGACAACGGUGUUGAAAAAGACGACUGCGUCGAGAGCGGCCAAGACAACGGGUCCUGCCGCGAAGAAAACUGUGAUGGGCACGAUCAAGUCAGCUACAACGAAGAAGCCACCUGCGCCCAAGGCCGCGGCUGCAACUGCGGCUGCAACCACGACGACGGGCACAGGAAGAACUCUUAGGAAAAGAGGUUGAUCGCUUCAUUCAUGGCAUGAAUUAUAAUGUGUAAUUAGGUGUUUUGCCUAUUGGCGUUCAAUGGUUGGUGGGUGGGUUAGCAUGGUGGACUGGACCGGCUGGAUGGACGGAUGCAUGGUUAUGGGUAAAAAUAAGGGUUUAGGGUAGGGUUAAGGAUUAAGUCAGCUCGCAAUGAGAACCUUGUUGGCUUUUG